AUGGUGCCUGAUCGACUAACUUUACAAAUGAUGGAAAAGAAACCUACAGAGAUUUUUCGGCAAUAUGCACAAAGAUGGAGGGAUAUCUCUGUUCAGGUGGAGCCGCCAUUAACUAAGAUAGAGAUAACGAUUCUUUUCAUUAAUACUCUGAAAGCGCCGUUUUACGAUAAAUUGGUAGAAAGUGCCACAAAGGACUUUGCGGAAAUUGUAAUAUCCGGGGAGCUUAUUGAAAAUGCCGUCAAGAGUGAGAGAAUGGAGGGCCCCGAGAGUUCGAAGAGGGCAGUACCCGUGAGGAAUAAAGAAGCAGAAGCCCAUAUGAUUGGAACUGAGAGUCACUGUACCUCCAAUCCGUACCCCGCCCAAUCACGACCACAUUAUCGCCCACCUUCAAACUUCUACUUUCCUCCUCAAGGUCCUUACUAUCAAACACCUCCCUCUUACCCCGUGUAUGCCAUGAACAACCAAAGACCAUUCACCAUGUUCCCACCAAAUACCAUACCUAUACCAAACCAACCCAAAAAUGAACAAAGACCAGCAAGACCUAAUUCUGAAAGACCUCAAUUUACACCAAUUCCCGUAUCAUAUGGAGAAUUAUACCCGAAGCUAUUAGAAAAACAAUUAAUAUCCCUACAUUAUAUGGCACCUAUGAAGCCCCCAUACCCGAAGUGGUAUGAUCCUAACGCUAGUUGUGUGUAUCACGCUGGGAAUCAGGGACACUCUACAGAAAAUUGUUUGGCCUUUAAAAAGAGGGUUCAAGGUCUCAUUGACGCUGGCAUUUUGCGAUUCGAUGGUGUUAGCAAUGUGACGGGAAAUCCUCUUCCUAACCAUACUGGUGGGAAUGUAAAUGUUGUGGCAGAUAAAGAUGAUUGGCAAGCCAAAGGUUAUGUUGUCGAAGUAAGAACACAUUUGCAGAAGGUAUGGGAGUUGAUGGUUGAAAAUGGCUUGCUCCACCCGUCUAGUAGAAUUCUCAAAGAAGCUAGUACAAAAGACCAAGGUUUCUGUGAUUUCCAUGGCGGCGAAGGGCAUGACAUCCAGUUUUGUAAGGAAUUUAGAAAGUUACUUCAGGACAUGAUGGAUAACAAGGAGGUCAAGGUCUUUGAUAGGAUAGAGGGGGCCGAGGAAAGAGAAAUAUGUACUUCUGAUAAUCAAUCAGCAGUUUUCCCUUAUAGCGCCGAUAGACCUUUGGUGAUUUAUUACGAGGCAAAGAAGGAAGAAGUUAGUCGAGAAGUUAAACCAAGUUUCAUAAUUGAAGUACCUGCUCAUUUCCCUUACAAGGACAACAAGGCAGUGCCGUGGAAUUAUGAUGUCAAUAUCAUUGUACCUGAGGGUGAAAAGUCUAAGGUUGUGAGUGAAGGUGUUAGUGGAGUAGGACAUUUUACUCGCAGCGGAAGAUGUUAUUCUCCCGAGACGGUUGAGCCAAAAAAGAAGGUUGUUGGUCCGAGCCAAAAAGGAAAAGCACCAAUGUAUGAGGUUGAGGACGAUGUUGAAAUACCACCCGAGCAAGAAGUUAAAAAGGUUGUGAAUGAGGAGGAAGCAUGUGAGUUCUUAAAGUUCAUUAAGCAUAGCGAAUAUAACGUUGUAGAACAAUUAAACAAGCAGCCGGCCCUAAUCUCGGUAUUAUCUCUAUUGUUAAACUCGGAGCCACAUCGAAACGCCUUGCUUAAAGUGUUAAAUCAAGCUUAUGUGGCAAACGAUGUAUCUGUGGAAAAGCUUGAUAGGUGGGCAAAUAAUCUGAAUGCAGAUAAUUUCAUCUCUUUUAGUGAUGACGAAAUACCACCAAAUGGUAGGGGCUCUACAAAAGCAUUGCACAUCACAACCAAUUGCAAGGGCUACAUAGUACCAAAUGUGCUCGUCGACAAUGGAUCUACACUUAAUGUUAUGCCUUUGGCCACGCUUUCUACGAUGCCAGUUGAUAUGUCCUAUCUAAGGCAUUGUCAUUCUAUAGUAAGGGCAUUUGAUGGGACACGACGAGAGGUCAUGGGAAAGAUUCAAAUUCCUCUAAAAGUGGGUCCAUGUGAAUAUGAUAUCGAGUUUCAGGUCAUAGGCAUCACGCCUUCAUACAAUUGCCUCUUAGGAAGACCUUGGAUCCAUUCUGCUGGGGCAGUUCCUUCAUCUCUCCAUCAAAAAGUAAAGUUCAUCAUGGAUAGCCGCUUGAUUACUGUCGCUGGUGAGGAAGACAUCGUCGCAUCUAUCUCUGCUGAUGCACCCUACAUCGAAAUAAGUGAAGAUGCUGUAGAAUGUUCUUUUCGCUCCUUAGAAUUUAUUAAUACUGCAUUUGUUGCUGAAGGGAAUAAGAUCCCCAUUUCUAAACUGCCGAGGAAUACUAAGAUGGGAAUUAAGCUGACUGUGGGAAAAGGAGCUCGAGCGAAGAAAGGCCUAGGAAAAUAUCAACAAGGGAUGGUUAGAGCUUUGAAACCAACGCACCACAAGGGUCGAUACGGUUUGGGGUUCAAGCCAGGUAUACAUCAAGGAAGAAAACAAUUGCAAAAGAAUCGAGAAAGAAGAGUCGCGAGAGCUUCAGACCGGGAAUUAGAAUGGGAGUCGUUGGCGUAUCCUCCUUUUCAAGAAUAUUUACAUCAGUAG